UUUGUUUACAUUUUGGAUGCGUGGCAAUUGAUUGAAUUUUUUGUAUUUUUCCAAAUGGAAAAUCAAUUUUUCUUCCUAUUAAUUUGAUUGUUUUUAUUUCUUUUUCUUGGAUCUAAUUGUUAAUUGUUAAUAUUUUAUAUUUUGUUUGUUAGUUUGUGAGUUUAAAGGAAAAUUUGGGGAAAAAAUGGCCUCCGAUUGGGAAGAAGUGAAAAGAUUAGCUGCCGAUUUCCAGUUGACCCAAACAGCGGUUACACUUCAACGUCUCUCUGAACGUAAUUGCAUUGAGAUUGUUAAAAAACUGGUUGGAUUAAAUUUGAUUGACGUAAUCUAUACUACUGAUGGUAAAGAAUAUAUCACUCCUGAUUAUUUGAUGAAAGAGAUUAAAGAUGAAUUAUAUGUGGCCAAUGGACGAAUAACUUUGGUUGAAUUGGCGAAUACCCUGAAUGUUGAUUUUAGUCAUAUUGAUGUAAAAGCUAAAGAAGUCGCUAAAUCUUCAUCUGGUUUUAUAUCUUUUGUCAAUGAAGAGCUUAUUUCUCGUGAUUACAAGGAACAAUUAGCCGUUGAAAUUAAUGAAAAACUACAGAAAAAAGGAGUACUUGAUGUCUCUGAACUGUCCAAAGCUUAUUCCCUACCAAGUGAUUAUAUCAAUCAAAUUGUUGUCUCUCAUCUUGGUACAACAAUUGACGGUGUUCAAGAUAUUAACAACUCAUCAACUUUUUUCACUCGAAAUUACAUCGACCAAUAUAAGGCCAAAAUUACCGGUAUCCUUUCAGCCAUCACUCGACCAUUGGUUUUAUCACAAAUUGUAAACAGAUAUCGACUCCCAGAGAGGAUAUUCAAUUCUGUUUUCGAUGAACUAUUGAAAUCAGGUCGAAUCAGUGGACAAUUAACAUCAGGACUUAAUCGAACCUUUAUCCCGAGUAUCUACUCAACAACCCAAAAAGAAUGGAUUGAAAAUUUCUAUAAAAGCAAUGGAAUCCUUGAAUACGAUGCUCUGGCUCGAGUUGGAAUUUCUGAGCCCAAAUCAUUGAAGAAACGCCAAGGAUUCGAAGACUGCAUAUUCCUAUCAACCUGUUGUGUGGGCACCAGUAUAAUCUUACAAUUAGAAGGUGCAGUUGACGAUUGUCUUGCCGAUAAAUCAUGGAUCAAUUUACUUGACGUUCUACCCUCAGUAUUAACCGAGGAAGAUAUCGGUCUACUUAUCGAUGAAUAUAAAUCUCGAAAUGAAAGUGAAGCCGAUAAAUUUACUCUCUUAAAUAAUACUCUUCUAAUCUCAAAUGAAUAUUCAGUAAGCCUUUUAGAACCUUUGAACGACCUUAUCCGGGAAAAGGCUUCGAAAGACCUUAAAGAGGGUUUACUUUUUAAAAUAUUCGUUACUGCUGCUCAAAUGUCCAGAGAUCGAGCUGCAGCUGGAGAAAGUAAAUCAGCUGGAACUUCAAGAAAAGAGGAAAGAAAACGAUCUGGAAGAUCCGGGGGUGGGGCAGGUAAAACAACCUUUUCCACUCAAGGUCGUGAGGUGAAAACAAAAGCCGUUAAGAAAAAGUUCCAAACAUCUCGAAAAGGAGGAGGAGGUGACGAUUCCGGUUCCGAAUGUGAUGAAUCAGCUGGCAGUCAUGAUCCAAGUUCCUCUGUUGAUUUAACUGAACUAAUCGAUGUUGUCAAGAGUAAAAUUGAUCCUUCUGGUGAACAUGAUUCCGAUUCUGUUGAUUUAAUAUCAAAUUUUCUCAUUGAACCUCUUCGAUCAAAGUAUAUGGAGAUUGCUCGUUCAUUAUUCAAUGAAUCAAUGAACAAGGAAACAUCUUCCAUUAAGAAAACUGUCACUGAAGUUCAGAAUACGAUUAAUAAUUUACAUGGUAAUAUCUGUGUCUAUGAACGAGGACUUAAAACUCUUGAUGAGGAAUUGAAAACGUCGCUAUCAAAGUAUUUGCUUAAAUCACUUUGCUCAGAAUUGGUUGAUAAUCUUUUAUUCCUGGUUGAUGAAGAGAGACAACGAACUGGCCAACCAAUGGGAACAUCAAAUGAGGGUCGAUUGAAGAUUAUCAAUAAAUUGGAUGGUAAAUAUAGAGAAAAUUUUACCAAAUUAGUUGGCACUUUGAACGAGUCAACGUUGGACAAUUUUUUCACCGAACUGGACAAUACAUUGGAAGCCUGUGAGAUUAUGAUUAAAAAGGUUGACAAACGUAAAGAGACACAGAUGAUUAGUGAACUUCGCCAAAAUUUAAUUGUCGCUCUAAACGAAGCCGAUGGUAAAGAUUAUCCAUUAAUCUUACAUCUUUGUGUCUUAUUGAUCUUUGGUUCUUGUAAACAAUUUAUGGUCCAUGCAUCAGGAAAAUUUGUCCCGCAAUUAUUAACAUCACUUAAAUCGUGUUUACCAUUGGAAGUCCAUCAACUUUUCCGUGAAUGUGAAGAUUUAAUUGUUCGCCGUUUGAAAGCAGAUAAAGAUGCAACCAAUCAAGAGGAUAAAGAUGAAAUUGAAUCCAGAUUAAGUGAUUUAAUUCCUAAAGUGAAAGAUAUCUCAUUAAAUUACAAACCAGCUAAAUGAUUACGAUAUUUUUUAUAUAUUGUCAACUGAUGUUAAUAAUUGAUCCAAUCAACCAAUUAUAUAAAUAUCAGCAUUUCGUUUUUAAUUUGGUUUCAUUAAAAUUGUAAAUUGUCAAUUAA